GGACUUUCAGAACUUGUGGUCGCCGACAACUUGCAGCUGCAUUGCAGAGGUCCCAGAAUCCACAGCCUCCGCCACCAUGUCCUGUCCGAUGCCGCAGCGCCAACCCGCCACCAUACUGGGCGCUAUGGAGAUGGGACAACGCCUGGAUGCCCCUGCCAGCGCCGCGUUGGUGCACGCCUUCCUGGAUCGCGGCCACAAGGAGAUCGACACGGCUUUCAUCUACACUGACGGCCAGUCUGAGACCAUUCUGGGCGGCCUGGGGCUCGGGCUGGGCAGCGGCGACUGCAAAGUUAAAAUUGCCACCAAGGCCCUUCCAAUGGAUGGAAGGACCCUGAAGCCUGACAGUGUGCGGUAUCAGCUGGAGACUUCGCUGAAGCGGCUGCAGUGUCCAAGGGUGGACAUCUUCUACCUGCACAUGCCUGACCACAACACCCCCAUAGAAGAGACGCUGCGUGCCUGCCAUGAGCUGCACAAGGAGGGCAAGUUUGUGGAGCUGGGUGUCUCCAACUAUCCUGCCUGGCAGGUGGCCGAGAUCUGCACCCUGUGCAAGAAGAAUGGCUGGAUCCAGCCCACUGUGUACCAGGGCAUGUACAAUGCCAUCACCCGGAUGGUGGAGAAGGAGCUGUUCCCCUGUCUCAGGCACUUUGGAUUGAGGUUCUAUGCCUUCAACCCUUUGGCCGGGGGACUGCUGACUGGCAGAUACAAGUACGAGGACAAGGAGAAAGAGCCCGAGGGCCGCUUCUUUGGGAGUAAAUGGUCUGAGGUCCUCAGGAAUCGCUACUGGAAGGAGUGUCACUUCAAAGGCAUCGCCCUGGUGCAGAAGGCCCUGCAGGCUGCGUAUGGCUCCAGCGCCCCCAGCAUGAUCUCAGCUGCUUUCCGCUGGAUGUACCACCACUCCCAGCUGAAGGGCACCCACAGGGAUGCGGUCAUCCUGGGCGCGUCCAGCCUGCAGCAGCUGGAGACGAACCUGGUGGCCGUGGAGGAGGGGCCCCUGAAGUCAGAAGUCGUGGAGGCUUUUGACCAAGCCUGGAACCUGGUUGCCCAUGAAUGUCCCAACUACUUCCGCUAAGCCCCAGUGGCACAUGUGUCCCGGCCUACGUGACACCCACUGAACCUCUCUGCCUUUCAUUGACUGGGUAUGGUCUCCGCAGGCUGUCUGGUCCCUGCCUGCUCCUCUAGACUGCCCUGCCUUGUGCCUUUACAGUGUGGGAGGCUGAGGCCGAGCCCCACACAGCACGUCCUGUGGAAUAAAGCUGCCCUGCCCUGGCUGCAGCUGGGCUCGGGUGAACCCA